AUGCCUUCAGCUAGGACCUCGGGGCGCAACGUCCCUCAGGUAGAUGCCUUUGUGGAUCUCUUGAAGGAGUCAAUGAACCACGCGCAGUCCAUCAAGCCGGUAGCCACUAUUGAACCGCCUCUCACCAAAUCCGAUUUCGAACCCAUUACUGCUCGCCUCCCGACCAUCUUCCCCGGCGCAUCGCACGAUAAGUCUCGCCAAUGGGCCGUCAUCGAGACGGCAGCCCGGGAUGUCUUCAGCAACAUGAUUGCCAGCACCUCGAUCGUCUCGCCCGAAUUCGUCCAAGUCUGGAACCUCCUUGACUUCCUCUCUGUCUUAUCUGACGGCGGGCAAUGCGAUCCGGCCCUCCUCUUCUGGUUGGUGGAAGAGCUUCUUGAUAGUCAGACCGUCGAUGCCUGCCGCAACGUUUUCGACUUCCUCGAAUCACGAAGAGAGAGAAUAACUGCCAAGAAUGUGAAACAGAAGGCAUUGGUCAUUCUCAGAUCCUGUAACGAUCUACUGCGAAGGUUAUCACGAGCCGAAGAUGCAGCAUUCUGUGGUCGAGUCUACAUUUUCAUGUUCCAGAGCAUACCCCCGGGCGACAGGAGCUCGGUGAACUUGCGUGGCGAAUAUCAUGUCGAGAAUGAAACCAUCUUCGAGGAGACCGCGACUAGCUCUCAGGAUACACCAGACAAAAUGGAUGUAGACACCUCGGCGGGGCUUGAGAAGAGUGACGCCAAGGAAACCAAGUCCACGACCAAGGCUGUAUCAUCCGAUGCGAAGAAUAAACCGGCACCAGAGAAGCCACUUGAUACUGACGCGCUAUAUCCAAUAUUCUGGUCACUUCAACGCUUCUUCAGCCAGCCCACAACACUAUUCGAUGCCACUCAACUUACCAAGUUCAAGUCGGGCGUAGAAGCUACCAUGAGUGCAUUUGAGACGGUGGAGAAGAUACAGAAGAGCUCGAAAGGGUCAGAUGAGGGCAAGGUAGUUCCCCAAAAGAGAAAGAGUUCAGGAGAAGAUGAAGACCUUCGGAGCAGCAACAACAACCCGAAGUAUCUGACCGGGAGAGAGCUGUUUGCCUUGGAGAUCAGCGACUUGUAUUUCCGGCGCCACAUUCUCAUCCAAGCCUUUAUCGUCCUAGACUUCCUUUUGUCUCUUACACCCCAGGCCAGAGCGAAGAUUGCGAAUGUCGCCACGCCAAAUAAAUCCGUGGUCUAUAGCGAUCAGAACCUGGGGGGCGAAGACGCGCAAUGGGCCAAGGCUAUGAAGGAGAGGAUCAUGACUUACAUUCAAGCGGAGUCUGAUGGGUACUUCUUCUUCCGAGUUGUCGAGAGUGUCAUCUCGAGAGAUAAAAACUGGGUUCGCUGGAAAGUCGAAGCUUGCCCUCUUAUCGAGAGACCUCCCGUCUUCCCUGAAGUAUUCAACGAAGCCAGAGCCAAUGCCAAGCGCCGUGCCACGAGCAAGAGAUCUAAGCCACCCAUGGGCUCGCUCCCUCUAGGUUUCAUGAGCGUAGAGCAGAGCGACUUGGCGAUGGAGAAGCUGAAAGAUCCGGCAAGGUGGAAGCUACCCGACUUGGCUGUUUUCAAAGACAAGAUAGCCAAUGACGACCUCGAUCUUGAUUUCGCAAAGGAUGAGAAAGAAAAGUCAGAGUUAAUCGAGGCAAAGGCCAGCAAAACAUGGCGAGCGCUUCGGAUAGCACGCCGGUCCAGACUGGCUACGUUCGACAAGAUUGAUGACUGGCAGAAGGUCGAUGCUAUUUUCCGGGAUCAGCCAGACGACGAAGAAGCUGAGGAGGAGACAGCAGGAGACAGUGGACGACGCCCCGAGCAAAGGAAACCAAUCAUAUUGUCGGGAUCGAGUGGGGUGGGCAAGUCCACGUUGGUUUCCAUGCUCAUGGAGAGGCAGAAGGGUGUCUUUGGAAAGAUUAUCCAACAUACUACUCGAAGUCCGAAAGACGGCGAAGUCGAGGGUCAAGACUUUCACUUUGUUGACUCGAAAGAAUUCAACACCAUCCGAGAUGGCGACUAUUUCCUCGAGUUCACCGAACGGGACGAAGUUCACUUCGGCACAAACCGGAAGUCAGCUGAUGCUAUGGUGGAAUCCGGCAAAGUUCCCAUCAUCCAAUUGAGUCGUGAGGGUACGCAGAUGGCCAAAGAAAAUGGCUUCUCCGCGCGGGUUAUCUUCAUUGCGCCACCCAGUCUCGAUGAGCUUCAAGCUCGUCUAAAGAAGGCUGAAGGCCUGACUGAGGAAGGCCUCCAGAGCUCACUCAAAGCCGCCGAGGCUGACAUUGAGCAGUCGAAGUCGGGAGACCUGUACGACACAGUCAUCACAAACGACGACCUAGAAGAGGCGUAUAAAGCACUAGAGGCAUUCAUUUACGAAACCCCACAGGGUGCAAAUGACAUCAAUGGGAACGGUGUAUCCUCAGAAGAGGACGUCGCAAUGAAGGAUGAAGCCAAUGGCGAGGGCAACCCCUCCUAG